AUACACGCAAUAUACUACUAUAAUACUACCAUAUACCAUACUAAUACUGUCUCAGUACACAGCACAGGUACUAAUACAUGUUAUACAAUACUAUAUACCAUAAUUAUACUCUUGUCAGUACACAUCACAGGUAUUAAUAUACGUAUUAUACUACUAUAAUACUAUAGACCAUACUAAUACUCUAAUACUAAUGUCUCACCCAGUCGGGGGUCCUGACCACCACCCAGUCGGGGGUCCUGACCACCCCGUCGGGGGUCCUGACCACCCUGUCAGGGAUCCUGUCGGGGGUCCUGACCACCCCGUCGGGGGUCCUGACCACCCAGUCGGGGGUCCUGACCACCCUGUCAGGGAUCCUGUCGGGGGUCCUGACCACCCCGUCGGGGGUCCUGUCGGGGGUCCUGACCACCCCGUCGGGGGUCCUGACCACCCCGUCGGGGGUCCUGACCACCCCGUCGGGGGUCCUGUCGGGGGUCCUGACCACCCCGUCGGGGGUCCUGUCGGGGGUCCUGAUCACCCCGUUAGGGGUCCUGACCACCCCGUCAUGGUUGUAUUCUCUAUAACGACUGCCUAGCUCUUAUUACACGGCUACUUACCAAAUAAUUCAAUAAUUUAACACAAAAUAUUGAUUUGGAAACUAUUGUUUUGCUUCUUCUAAAGAAAAUGGUCCGUUCUGUCUCUACAGUUGGAAUCCUGCAUCCAUAGCAACGUAAACUCUGUAGCUGUUUAAUGUAACUUUCCGCCUGUCACUCAACACCACAGUAUCCCCCCCCCAUCUGUCACUCAACACCACAGUAUCCCCCAUCUGUCACUCAACACCACAGUAUCCCCCUCCCCCAUCUGUCACUCAACACCACAGUAACCCCCCAUCUGUCACUCAACACCACAGU